AGAAGAUGAGUGAGGGUGAAGUGAAGGUGUUGGGCACAUGGGCAAGUCCAUUUUCAACGAGGGUGAGAAUUGCACUUCACCUAAAAUCUGUAAAUUACGAGUACUUAGAAGAGAAUUUUUUAGAAUCCAAAAGCGAGCUUCUUCUCGACUCAAACCCUGUUUUCAAAAGGAUUCCGGUCCUUAUUCAUGGUGAUAAUAAGCCUAUUUGUGAAUCUCUGAUCAUUGUUGAGUACAUUGAUGAGGUUUGGAGCUCUGGACCUUCCAUUCUUCCUUGUGAUGCCUAUGAACGUGCCGAUGCUCGAUUUUGGGCUACCUAUGUCGACGACAAGUUUUUCCCUGCUUUAAAAAGAGCAGUGGUUAGUGGAUCAGAAGAAACUAAAAGGGCAUCAAUGGCAGAAGUGGAAGAAGGGGUGGUGAUGUUAGAAAAGUUGAGCAAAGGGAAAGCUUUCUUUGGUGGGGAUAAUAUUGGGUACUUGGACAUUGUAAUCGGCAGUGUGUUUGAGUGGAUUAAAGUCAUCGACAAGUGUACUGAGACCCAGCUGCUUUCCCAAGCUCCUUGCUUGCUUGAAUGGGGUGCUAGGUUCUCCUCCCAUGAGGCAGUGAAAGAUGUUUUGUCCGGUGUUGCCAAGCUUGCUGGUUUUGGUUUGAAGCUUAAAGCCAAGAUCUAGAAGAAAGGUUCACCAACCCCAAAUUGAUUGAUAGGAUAUAUACAAAAAUUCGGAAAGUGUUCUUUCUAUCUCCUUUAACUUGUACCACUUUGUUUUUCUAUCUAUGAAGAUUAAUCUUUUUAGAUUUCAA